GGCUGCAGGCAGACCUACUACACCACCAGCGAAUGGCCAUGGCUGUUCAAGUGGCAGGCCUCUGGCUGCCCACCUCUUCCACAACCCACACUCACUUGCUUCAUUGCAGAAGCAAUCUAAAACCACCAUCUUCUACAGCUCUCUCUGCUACAGCUUCUCUCUCAUCCCCAACUCCCACUAUCCAGAUUGUUGGUGGUGGGAGAAGUCCCAGUUGGUACGAAAAUGGAAAUGGAAAUCUCGAUGGUUUCCAAGGAGAGGAUGAUGAUUGGUGUGAUUUGGAUACUGAACUUUAUCACUGGACCAAGCAACUGCGCCCUGUUCAGUGGUACCCUGGUCAUAUUGCUAAAACGGAAAAGGAACUCAAAAACCAACUCAAGUUGAUGGAUGUAGUGAUAGAGGUUCGAGAUGCAAGAAUUCCUAUGUCAACUAGUCAUCCACAGAUGGAUUUAUGGCUUGGUAAUAGGAAAAGAGUUUUGGUGUUGAAUAGAGAAGACAUGAUAUCCACGGCAGACCGGAAUGCUUGGGCCACUUAUUUUGCAAGGGAGGGAACGAAGGUUGUCUUUUCCAAUGGCAAACUUGGAAUGGGUGCCAUGAAGCUAGGCCGGUUAGCUAGAGCAUUAGCAGCAGAUGUGAAUGUCAAACGCAGAGCCAAAGGACUUCUCCCACGUGCGGUACGAGCUGGUAUAGUUGGAUAUCCAAAUGUUGGGAAAUCAUCUUUGAUUAACCGUUUGCUGAAGCGACGAAUGUGUGCAGCAGCUCCAAGACCUGGAGUUACAAGAGAAUUGAAGUGGGUUCAUUUUGGGAAAGAUCUUGAAUUGCUAGACUCUCCUGGUAUUCUCCCAAUGCGGAUUAGUGAUCAGACAGCAGCAAUAAAGCUUGCUAUUUGUGAUGACAUUGGAGAGAGAUCCUAUGGUGUUGCUGAUAUUGCUGCAGUUCUUGUCCAGAUGCUAACGAGGCUUCCAUCAGUAGGUGUAAAGGCUCUUAACAGCCGCUACAAGAUGGAUGUGGAAGGUCACUGUGGUAAAACAUUUGUUCAGAAGCUUGCGGUUCACAUGUUUAAUGGGGAUAGUCAUCAAGCAGCAUUUCGAGUGCUGUCGGAUUUUCGGAAAGGGAAGUUUGGUUGGAUUGCAUUGGAGAGGCCUCCCAGAUAGUACUAUUGGAACUUGGUGGUAGGCCAGGAGCAGUCAAGCUUUCUGUAAGCCUCUAUAAAUACCAAAAGAAUUCCAAUUGCUGACUGAUACACAAAUUUAGAGUCUUCAUGGAGUAUCAAAAUCUUGGCAAGAGAAGGUGUCAGUGUCCUGAAGGAAAUUAAUGAAGCUUCACGAUGGAGUAAUAACGUUGAUUGUGAAGACGGAGGGCGUGAAAACUUUUAUAGCCAAAGCUGGGAGAGGAUCAUAUGGGCAAUGGUGGAUUCCUUUAUUAAGGUGUAA